GUUUACUUUCCUCUCUACAGGCUGACAAACGCACGUCAAAACAUGGUCAUGUUGCAGCGGUGCAUUUUGAAGAAAUGUCUCCAACAGUUUUAUUUAGGGAAUCAAGAAACCACUAAAAGUCUGCUAUCAGCUGGGUUUCCCACUGCGCUUCUGGGUGGACACCGAGCUGCUGGGCACAGGAGCAAAUCAAGUGUUCCAGAUGUAAGGGAGCGGACUCUUAUUGCUGUAAAGCCAGAUGGAGUUCAACGUCGUCUUGUGGGACAAAUAAUUCAGCGGUUUGAGCAGCGGGGCUUCAAGCUGGUUGGCCUGAAAAUGUUGCAGGUGUCUGAUGAUCUCCUGUCUCAGCACUACUGUGAACUGAGGACUAAGCCCUUCUAUCCUAGGCUGCUGCAUUACAUGACCUCAGGGCCUGUUGUUGCCAUGGUGUGGGAAGGGCACAAAGUAGUCCAGACGUCGCGUAUGAUGGUGGGACAUACUAACCCAGUGGAGGCCCAGGCAGGCACAGUCAGAGGAGAUUUCAGCUUUCAUGUCAGCAGGAACGUAGUCCAUGCCAGUGAUUCACCAGAGGGGGCACAGAGGGAGAUCCAGCUGUGGUUUCAGAGAACGGAGCUCCUGAACUGGGACUGCUGUGACCAGACCAUGACCUGUGAAGUGUGAAGACUCUGCGAGCCGGAAACAGUGAGAAUCAGUAGCCUAAUACUACCUCUUCUCUUGCGGCUCAGAGGUCUGUUUCUUGUGACUACAGGGAUUAAAAAAGAUGAGUCAUAUUCAGUUUUCCUACCAAAUAAUGUACCUCAGUAAGUGCACUUAUGGUCACAAUCAGUCUAAAUAGCUAGUGGUCUGGACAGUCUAAACUGCUAUAAAGUUACAAUUUACUUUGUCUAAAUCAAAUUUUAUUACCAAAAGGUAAUUACAAAGUAAGAUCUAAUUUGAUUUAAAAAGAACUGACUUUCACCCCGCUGCUCUGCUGUAUAAUGAUCAGCUCCAGCAGGCUAAUAGAUUCACAAAUAAUUGUGUUAAUAUUAUAACUUUUUUCAUCACAGAGAGAAAAAAUCUUUAAGUGGCGGAAAUCCCUUUUUUGACAAUAUUAUAGGACAUUUUGACAAAGCCUUGUUGUGAAAUAAUAAUAAGUAAUAUGUAAAAUGUUGUAUACUUUAUUUUUUGUUUAACAAAUUAUAUGUAGUAGUGUUGUUUUGGGAGUAAUGUGUUUACUUGAGCUAUGUCCUCAAAUACUGUGUAAUAAAUAAGUGUAAUAAUAAUACUUGACUGAAAUUGUAACCAAGUACUAUUGUAAAACUGAAAUUGUUAAGUAAUCAUUCUACUUUUUUAAAAGACGAUAGAAAUUAAAUAAGAGGAAAAGAAAUAACAGUUUUAAGUGCAAACCUUGGCAGGAGUUGUCUGAAAUAGUAAUAGUUGUUCGUAGUUCAGCCAAAAUCAAAUAAUCACUGUUUACAUUAGAACAUUUGACCUCUGAAGAGUUAUUUGUAAAAUGUGCUGGUGCUGUCAGUGUAAAAAUUAAGGAAGUAACAUGAUGAUAUGAUGAUAAAUGAUUCAGUUGACAUCUUCAGUGUCACUUUUGUAAUCAAUCAUACAGCGGAAGAAAAUAAUUUAGUCUGUUGCACAUAAUAUCAAUUAUGGAAAUACUUAUUAAGCAUUCUUCUCAUAAUUUAAAUAAAAGUGAUUACUUUGAUCAUAUAACUUGUCUAUGUCAGAAUACGGAAAGAAGGGUUGCAGUAAACUCACAGAUAUGAUACAAAAAUACACAUCAUUUAAGUUCUAUUUAAGCCAAUACAUUGACAGCAAUUUAUCACGUAUGUUACUGUGUUGUACAUUAUGUCAUGAUAUAAGCCACAGCUAAAGUCACAAUGAAAAAAAA